UUGCUUGAGAGCGUUUUAGUCGAGCUGUCGUCUACCUACGGCUGUCGUCUACAUAUGUGUGUGUAAUACUCGAAGUUUAUCAACAACGAAUGAAAUGCAAUGUCACGAAGUGUGUUUAACAACUCAAUAAGCGAAUUCACGUAAAUACGUCAAGCCAAAGUUUUAAAUACCCUGGACUUAAAGGACUAACCUAUUACAACAUAUCCAGCCGGAAAAAUGUACCUAUACUAAAUACAUACUACAUUAGAGUGCUAAAAUUGCAAAUGAAACUAAAUGAAAACACCUGUAACCGAUAUGACAAGGGUUUAGCGUGAAGUGUUUCAAUUAUAAUCUAUAUAUAUAGGAAUUUAGGGUAUACGAGGUAUACCAUUUAAUAGUGUCCGAUUAUACAGCUAUUACGGCAUUAUAUGGCCGACUGUUACAGCAGAAAUCUCAGCUAUAGGCUAACGUCAUAGCAGAAAUCUCAGGUAUAGCCCAGGAAGCAGCUAUCGUUAUCACAAAGAUACUGUUAGCAUUUAUGGUAUCCUACAUUUCUGUGACUUUAUCAAUGCUUUAGCUUCUUAGCUUAUCGUCCAGACGAAAUUUACCCAGGCGGAUAACGCGUUAACAACAAUAAAAUAGAAAUGAAAAUUAUGGCUGAGAUAAGCUGAACAAUAAAGUUAAUAAAAUAGGGUAAACGCGCGUUAACCACAAUCAUUUUACUAAACCAGCUUUGAACAACGUGAAUAUAAAUAGUAAACACGUCACUGUUGUUUAAUUAAGUUAAUUAAAUAAUGAGAAAACCCCGAUAAGUGCACAACAAUAAUCUCUGUCUAUUGGCUAACGCGCAACAAUUCAAAUUGCUAACGGCUCGAAAAAGCUUUACACAUGCUGAGCGAGCACAUUGCAAAAGCGUUUAUGCUUGCAGGAAUAAACGAAAGACACAACAGAUUUUGCCAUGGAGCAAACCAACAAAAACGCGCGGCACGUUGCUGAGAGCUCGCAGAGCACUAAACUUCGCUCAGCUGAAAUGAGCGUCGCUGAGGUGAGUCCGCUUGCUCCGUGUAGAGCGGCUGUUGUGCAACGUGCAAGCAAGGGCUACUCAGAAAAUGCGGGACGCUCUAGCAUUUCCAGCAGCUCGGGGGCAAGCAGCGUCGUUUUGCCGCAGCGAUGCAGUCUCGGCCAUCGCCUGAUGAGCAUCAUCAGGAAUAUUUCAGUGGAGCCAACCAUGUUCCUAUAUAUGUUCGCCUUUAUGAUCACCUCCGUGGUGGAGCAGAACUUCUUUCUGCAAAAGGCUUGUCGUGUCAAUAACAAGCUGAGCGACGAUAUCUGUACGAAUAUCCAUAAGAAAGAGAACGAAGACUAUAAGAACCAGGUACUGGACACCACAGCUUCGUUUCAUCAGUGGGAGAACAUCUCGGCGCAUGUUUUUCCCAUUAUUUUAGCAUUAUUUCUAGGCUCCUUCUCGGAUCGUCGCGGUCGCAAACUGCCCCUGCUGAUGGGUCUGGUCGGAAAGUUCAUCUAUUCCACGAUGAUUGUGGUCAAUGCCAAGAUGUCCACCUGGCCGGUGGAGUACAUAAUCUAUACGGCAACGUUGCCGUCAGCCAUAACAGGCGCCGAUGUAGCCAUCUUUGCCUCCUGCUUUGCGUAUAUCUCCGACAUAACAACGUUGCAGCAGCGCACCAUCAGGGUGACCAUACUAGACGCAGUCUAUUUGACUGCAAUGCCGACUGGCGUGGCCCUCGGCUCAUACCUCUUCUACAACGCAUUCAAUGAGUCGUAUGCGGACAUGUUCGCAGUGAAUGCAUCGCUGCUGCUGCUCGCCAUCAUCUAUACGCUGUUUGCCCUGAAGUGGCAAACGACGCCCAAUCAGCGCUCGCUGCGCGAAUUGGGCUGCUGUGGCUUUUGGUGCGACUACUUUGAUCGACAGCAUAUCAAGGACUCCAUAACGGUGCUCACCAAGCCGCGACGUGGCCACAGACGCAUCUUCCUCUACAUCCUGCUCAUUAGCAUGGCGCUCUACACCUUCCAGCGCGACGAGGGCAACUACUUUUAUAUGUAUACAUUUGGCAAGUUCAACUGGCAGGUCAGCUCCUACAGCACCUUUAAGACCUUCAAGUCCGCUGCCUUUGUCAUUGCCAUGCUUUUGGGCGUGCCGCUGAUGAACAAGUUUCUCGGCUGGCGGGAUACGACCAUCAUCUUCAUUGGCACCUGGGCGCAUGCCAUUGCCCGUUUGUUCUACUACUUUGCGCCUGGUCCGACGCUGUUGUAUGUCGGCGCCGUUGUCUGCAGUCUGGGCCCUAUAGUCGGACCAAUGAUACGCUCGAUGGCGUCCAAAAUAGUGCCACAGUCGGAGCGUGGCAAGGUCUUUGCUCUGCUCUCCGUUUGCGACAAUGCUGUGCCGUUCAUCAGCGGCGUUUGCUACACCCAGAUCUAUCGGGCGACGCUCCAAUCAAGUCACGGAGACGGCAUCUUCCUUCUAACCUUGGCCACGCAACUGCUGGUCUUUCUGCUAGUGCUCUGCAUUCACCUUGUGCUGGGCGGAAACUCACUGGCUGUGCCCGAGGUGGCGGAGAACGAGAACGGACUGAUCAGUAAUGAGAAUAAGCAGGCGCAACAGGGCAACAAUGCCCAGCAGGAAACUCAUUGAGUUCGACUACGAUCUGUGUUUUAAGCUAAUAAAAGACAAGAAAUUUUCUAUUUUUAAA